AUGACUAGAUCCUCCAGCAAGGAAUUGUUUGAAUUUGAUCCUGAGAUUGAUAGGACUUUUCAUCAAAGAAGGAGGGCUCAAGCUAGCAAUCUUAUAGAAAGUGAUUCUUCUGUUAAGUUAACUGCUGAUUCCUCUAAUUCUCCUGACUCUUCUCAUUCUGACAGUAGCAUAGCUAAUCCUGCUAGGACUAUCAAGGAAUUGGUUUCACCUGAUCUGCAUUUUCAAAAUUGGUGCAUUAAUUAUCCUGAUAUUGACACUGAUUUUGAGUUAAAGUCUAGAUUGAUUCACUUUCUUCCAAAAUUUAAUGGUCUUGCAGGCGAGGAUCUAUACAAUCACUUGAAGACUUUUCAUAUGAUCUGUACUGCUAUGAAGCCUUCUGGUGUGUCUGAGGAUCAGAUUAAGAUGCGUGCCUUCCCAUUUUCUUUGGAAAGUUCUGCAAAGAAUUGGCUUCUUCGCUUACCUCCUGGAUUCAUUACUUCAUGGGACCAGCUGAAAAGGUUGUUUUUGGAAAAGUAUUUCCCAGCAUCUCGGCUCUUGCCUCUUGAGAGAGAUUUACUAGAUUCUGAUGCUGGAGGUGCUCUUCUUGACUUGACUGUUGAAGCUGCUUGGAGAUUGAUUGAAAAGAAAGCUGAAAAUACCCAACAGUUUGCUACUCACACUACUGACUCUUGCCCUUACCUAAAUGAUGGAGUUGACUCGUGUAAUGCAAUAUACCACACUAAGCCUGUGACUCAAGGUGGCCAGAAAUAUGAUCCUUACUUAAAUACAUACAACCUUGGAUGGCGUGACCAUCCAAAUCUCAGAUAUGGGAGUGGCCAGCCUCAACAAUCACAGUUCAAUCAAGUCAUAAACUCUUCUGGUGGUAAAAUGUUCCAACAAGUUAGGCAAACUAUGCCCAAUCAAGAUGAGAGUUUAAAGUUAGAAGGCAUGAUGAAACUCCUGAUGGAUAAGUUUGAACAAAAGGAUUUGCAACAUAGCCAAGAAAUUCAGAAUCUUCAAACUCAGAUCGGGCAGUUAUCUAAUGCACUUAGUAACAUGCAAAGUCAAGGCUCAGGGAAGUUGCCAUCUCAAGUAGUAGUUAACCCUAAUGUUGGCACCCAGCAGAAUCCUAACGUUGGUGGAGUUAAUGCUAUAUCUCUUAGAAGCGGAAAUUCAAUCACCUCUUCAGAUCCUGUCACUACCCAUACCUCAACAGACAAGGAAGCUAUCAUUAAAGAUUCUCCCCCUGCUUCCACAUCGCAUAAUAAGUCCACUUUAUCAAAACCACAUGUGGCAUUGCAAGAAGAGCAAGAAAAAGAUGGGGAAGGGAAGAAAGUGAGUGAGCAAAUCUUACCUUUUCCUACAGGGGUGAUUAGGGCUGAAAGGAGAAAGAAAGAAGCUGAGAUGUUCAAAGAAGUUUAUGAUAUCUUCAAAAAGGUGGUGAUCAAUGUUCCAUUAGUUGAUCUAGUUGCACAAGUGCCCAAGUAUGCGAAGUUUUUAAAGGAGUUGUGUACCACCAAGAAAAGGCUUAAGCAUGAUGGCAAAGUUGACUUAGGGGCGGUUGUCUCCUCUCUUUAUCAAAUGCCAAUGCCAGUGAAGUGA